CUGUUUGUCAUCCCCUUUCCACUACCCACCCAUGGCUCCAGCCUGCAACACUCUCUUAUUCUUCGUAUUCUUCACAUUCCCCCUUUCAAUCUUCUCCGCAGCCUCCAUCCACUUCCAUCACCCACUUGACCCACUCACCCUACAGGAGCUCGACCAAGUCCGAACCAUAAUCACUGCAUCGCACCACAACCUCACCUUCCAUUACGUGGGCUUAGACGAACCAGACAAGUCAAUCGUCGCCUCAUGGCUCGCCCAUCGCACAACCGCCAAAACACCACCUCGCCGAGCCCUCGUUAUCGCCCGACUCAACCACCAAACCCAUCAAUUCAUCGUGGACUUGUCCACCCACUCCAUCGUUUCCGAUGAAAUCUACAGUGGUUCCGGAUUCCCUAUGCUCACUUUUGAAGAACAGACGGCUGCCAAUUCAUUGGCGCUAACGCACGCGCCGUUUCGGGCGUCUGUCGGCAGAAGGGGGCUUAAGAUGGAGGAGAUUGUGGGCUUAAGCUAUACUGUGGGGUGGUACGGUGAGGAGGGAACUAGCAGAAGGAUUGUGAAGGUUAUGUUCUGUUACUUGGAUGGGACAGUCAAUUUGUACAUGAGGCCUAUAGAGGGGAUAACGGUGACCGUUGAUUUAGACGAGAUGAAGGUCAUCGCAUAUCACGACAGAUUGAUGGUUCCCGUGCCCAAAGCAGAUGGGACGGAUUUCAGAGAAUCGAAGCAGAAGCCGCCCUUUGGUCCGCGUCUGAAGGGUAUCACAGUCGUCCAACCAGAUGGACCCAGUUUUACCAUCCACGGCCACCAAAUCAGUUGGGCGAAUUGGGAUUUCCACCUAGCAUUUGACAUGCGAGCGGGUCCGAUCAUAUCAGUAGCGUCCAUAUACGAUGUGGAGAAAAAAGAGCAGCGACGAGUUUUGUACAGAGGGUAUAUAUCAGAGCUAUUCGUCCCAUACAUGGACCUAACUGAAGAAUGGUACUUUAGAACAUUUUUUGAUGCAGGCGAGUAUGGGUUCGGGCUAUGUGCCAUGCCACUUCAGCCCCUCACAGACUGCCCAGAAAAUGCAAUCUUCAUGGAUGGUUACGUGACUGGCCAGAAUGGGACGCCUGUGAAUAUGACUAAUGUUUUUUGUAUCUUCGAACGCUAUUCUGGGGAUAUCAUGUGGCGUCACACAGAGGCUGAGAUUCCUGGAAAAUUGAUUACCGAGUCUCGGCCGGAGGUCAGUCUGGUGGUGAGGAUGGUAUCGGCUGUGGGCAACUAUGACUAUAUCAUUGACUGGGAAUUCCUGCAAAGCGGCUCUAUAAAACUUUCGGUUGGGUUGAGUGGGGUGCUUGAAGUGAGAGGAACCGCUUACACUCACGUAGAUCAAAUACAUGAGGAAGUCUAUGGUACACUUUUGGCCGACAAUACCCUUGGUGCAUACCAUGAUCAUUUCCUUACAUAUCAUCUUGAUCUUGACGUGGAUGGUGAUACCAACUCCUUUGUUAAGUCCAAUUUGCGAAAGACGCUAGUGAGUGGCAACAGAUCACCUAGGCGGAGUUAUUGGACGGUUGUGAGCGAGACGGCUAAGACAGAGUCUGAUGCUAAGAUCCAAUUGGGUUUGAAGCCGGCUGAGCUUUUAGUCGUGAAUCCGAACAAGAGAACAAAAGUUGGGAAUUACGUGGGUUAUCGUUUGAUCCCAGGAUCUGUUGUAGGCCCGCUUCUAACCGACGAUGAUUACUCACAAAGGCGUGGAGCAUUCACUAGAUACAAUGUUUGGAUCACACCCUACAAUAAGUCUGAAAAAUGGGUUGGAGGACUAUACACUGAUCAAAGCCGAGGGGAUGACACUUUAGCUCAAUGGAGCCUCAGGGAUAGGGAAAUAGAAAACAAGGAUAUAGUUAUGUGGUACACAAUGGGCUUCCAUCAUGUGCCUUAUCAAGAAGAUUUUCCAUUGAUGCCAACGAUAAGUGGGGGGUUUGAGCUGAGGCCGUCCAAUUUCUUUGACAGCAAUCCAGUUCUCAAAGUAAAGCCUCCCAGGCAAGUCAAGUGGCCAAGUUGUCCCACAUCGAUAAGCGACUUGCCUUAGAUUAUGCUUGGAGUACACUAUGCAUCAUCCUAUUAGUAAUGAUUUUAAUAUUUUUCCCAAGGAUCAUACCGUGUUUAAAAUCAUGUGGAGUAACUGUAGCAAUUACGUCUGCAUAUUUUGAUGGGUUAAUGAAAAUAAAAAGCACUCAAUUGGCCCUUUUCAAA